GUUCUUGUGUUUCUCUUGUUUGUACCAUUGAAAAAAAAAAAAAAAAAAAGAAGAGGGGUUUAGUAGAGGGUUUUGCAGUUAGUUUCAACUAAGCCUAUCAUCUGCUAAAACACACAACAAUGGCAGCAGCAGCUUCAAUCGGCGGAAGAUCAACAUUGUUCCGCACAAUUUGCAAGAAGAACAAUCCAUUUUCAAUUCCAUCUUCUUCUCCUCGAUUCUCCAUUAAUUCAUCUCCUCCAAUCUUUCUUCGUCGUACUCCAAUCUCCCCUUCCCCCUUUCCUUCUUCAUUCAGAGUUCGUCGUGAGUUGUGCUCGCUUAUUCCGGCUUAUAGCGCCAUUGCUUCGGCUUGUCUUGUUUCCAGGCUUCCUGAUGGACUUGAUUCCUCUGCUGAAUAUUUGCCAACUAUGUCAGUCCCAUCUAGAAGUAGACUAGUCAACUGGGUGCUCCCUUCUGCAAGUAAAGGAGCUCUUUCUUUUCUUCUCUUCUAGUUGUACUAAGGUUAAGGGCUAGGAGAAAUGAAUGUAAGUCUGCUAGCUUAGGAUUUAGCACAAUCUGACAACUGUUUGUGGACGAAGGGAGUAUGUUCUAAACACAUGAUCAAAUGACGUAUUCGGGAUAAUACUACUAUUGCUAUACUCUUUAUGUUACUGAUACUUGUGUAUUUCUUUCAAAGUUGCGCUGGGAUUUUUGAAGUUUAUCAAAAUAAGGAUCUUUGAGUGCACUUCUAUUUUGACAGCAAUGCUUUACCAAAACAAUUCCAACCCCAAGAGUCAUCCGUAGUGGAGUAGUUAAUGUGUUCCUAGCUCGACCUAUUUCUUAAAAUUGGGAUUUACUUCUCUAGGAAAUUGCCUCAGCCAAUGAUUUUGGUACAUAGCUUAAGGUAUAGGCCGCAUUAGAAGUAAAAUGUCUACUAUAGCUAAAACUGUGUGCUUCUCUUUGCUAUACAGUUGGGAUUUAGGCCGUUUACAAGAAAUUGGUUUUUGUGCUUUGUAGUUAUUAGAGGUGGCAAUCAGGUCGGUUGUAUUGGAUUCAGGUAGAGUCAUGUUCAGGGUGUUGUUUAGAUUGAUUCAAUUCAAUUUGAUUCUGAUGGGGUCAUAUCCAGUUUUAUUACCAAUAUGCUUAAUAUAUUAUAAUUAUCCUUUUUACGCAAACUGUUACGAGUCAUUUUU